AUGUCAGCGGAGACCGAGCUGAGCAUGCAGACCGGAUUGUCGCCGGUACUGCUGCCGGUACCCGACAUUACCACCCUCAGUUUGAUCGGCCAUCGAACUCAAUCUACCCACCUUGCGGCUCAUCCCCCUCAAACGCAUAACAACAUUCAGGCGAAUUCCAAUAAAGCUUGGCAGACUAGUCCUCCUAGACAGACAAGCCCUACCUCCCAAACCACAUUCGCAGAAUCUUUAACAGCAGGCGCAUCGGGUACCCCAUUGGGCGCUACCAGCACCGCCGUCGCCCUACCGGGCGCCGCCGGCGCCGUCGCCGCCGUCUCGCCGCCCGUCGAACCGCCCGUUUUCCAAUGUCCCCGAAGGCCGAAUUUGGGCCGCGAGGGCCGCCCCAUCGGCCUCAAGGCCAACCAUUUCCAAAUAUCCAUGCCGAGAGGGUUCGUACAUCACUACGACGUCAACAUACAGCCCGACAAAUGUCCCAGAAAGGUUAACAGGGAAAUCAUCGAGACGAUGGUGAAGGCGUACGGGAAGAUAUUCGGCAAUCUGAAACCGGUGUUCGAUGGACGGAACAAUUUGUACACUCGCGAUCCGUUGCCCAUAGGUAAUUCGAGAGAAGAGUUGGAGGUGACGUUGCCGGGCGAAGGAAAAGACCGAUUGUUCCGCGUCAGCAUCAAAUGGGUGGCGCAGGUGUCGCUGUACGGGCUCGAAGAGGCCCUCGAAGGUCGCACGAGACAGAUACCGUACGAGGCCAUUCUAGCGCUCGACGUCGUCAUGAGACAUUUGCCUUCGAUGAGCUACACGCCGGUCGGUAGGAGUUUCUUCAGCAGCCCCGAAGGGUAUUAUCAUCCCCUUGGUGGCGGUAGAGAAGUGUGGUUCGGUUUCCAUCAAUCCGUUCGACCUAGCCAAUGGAAAAUGAUGCUCAACAUCGACGUGUCCGCUACGGCGUUUUACAAAGCCCAACCUGUGAUAGAGUUCAUGUGCGAGGUGCUCGACAUCAGGGACAUCAACGAGCAGAGGAAGCCGCUCACCGACAGCCAACGGGUGAAGUUCACCAAAGAGAUCAAAGGCCUGAAGAUCGAGAUCACCCAUUGCGGCGCCAUGCGCAGGAAAUACCGCGUGUGCAACGUGACUCGUCGCCCGGCCCAGAUGCAAUCGUUCCCUCUGCAAUUGGAGAACGGCCAAACCGUCGAAUGUACCGUCGCCAAAUAUUUCUUGGAUAAAUACAAGAUGAAGUUGCGCUAUCCGCACCUGCCGUGCCUGCAGGUCGGCCAGGAGCACAAGCACACCUAUCUGCCUUUGGAGGUGUGCAAUAUCGUGGCGGGACAGAGGUGUAUUAAGAAAUUGACCGAUAUGCAAACGUCUACGAUGAUCAAAGCUACUGCGAGGUCGGCUCCGGAUCGAGAAAGGGAAAUCAACAAUUUGGUGAGACGGGCGGAUUUCAACAACGACGAAUACGUGCAGGAAUUCGGCCUGACCAUCAGCAAUAGCAUGAUGGAAGUGAGGGGUAGGGUAUUGCCGCCGCCGAAGCUCCAAUACGGCGGCAGGGUGGCAUCCCUCAGCGGACAGGUGGGGGGCUGGCACAGCAAACAGCAAGCGAUGCCGAACCAAGGCGUGUGGGACAUGAGAGGCAAGCAAUUUUUCACCGGCGUGGAAAUAAGGGUUUGGGCGAUCGCGUGUUUCGCCCCGCAACGGACGGUCAGAGAGGACGCUUUGAGAAAUUUCACGCAACAGUUGCAGAAGAUCUCGAACGACGCCGGUAUGCCCAUCAUCGGGCAACCGUGUUUCUGCAAAUACGCCACCGGGCCCGAUCAAGUCGAACCGAUGUUCCGUUAUCUCAAAUCGACGUUUCAAGCGUUACAACUGGUCGUCGUUGUGCUACCGGGGAAAACUCCUGUUUACGCGGAGGUGAAAAGAGUGGGCGAUACCGUGUUGGGAAUGGCCACCCAAUGUGUUCAAGCGAAAAACGUGAAUAAAACAUCGCCGCAAACGCUGUCGAAUUUAUGCCUGAAGAUCAACGUUAAAUUGGGCGGCAUCAAUAGCAUUCUAGUACCAUCGAUCAGACCAAAGAUUUUCAACGAGCCGGUGAUAUUCCUCGGCGCCGACGUCACCCACCCGCCGGCGGGCGAUAAUAAAAAACCUUCGAUAGCCGCCGUGGUGGGUUCGAUGGACGCCCAUCCGUCUCGAUACGCCGCGACGGUGCGCGUCCAACAACACCGGCAGGAGAUCAUCCAGGAACUGAGCUCGAUGGUGCGAGAAUUGUUGAUCAUGUUCUACAAGUCGACGGGCGGCUACAAGCCGCACCGCAUCAUCCUCUACAGGGACGGCGUCUCCGAAGGGCAAUUUUUGCAAUUGUUACAGCACGAAUUGACCGCCAUAAGAGAGGCUUGCAUCAAACUGGAGGCGGAUUAUAAACCGGGCAUAACGUUCAUAGUGGUACAGAAGAGACAUCACACGAGGUUGUUUUGUUCCGAUAAAAAAGAACAAAGCGGUAAAAGCGGUAACAUUCCGGCCGGUACGACGGUAGACGUCGGUAUCACCCACCCUACCGAAUUCGAUUUCUAUUUGUGCAGUCAUCAGGGUAUCCAGGGUACCUCGAGACCGUCGCACUACCACGUAUUGUGGGACGAUUCCCAUUUGGAUUCGGACGAAUUGCAAUGCCUGACGUACCAAUUGUGUCACACCUACGUCAGAUGUACGAGGUCCGUGUCGAUACCGGCGCCUGCGUACUACGCCCAUUUGGUGGCGUUCAGGGCUCGCUAUCAUUUGGUGGAGAAAGAACACGACAGUGGGGAAGGUUCGCACCAGUCGGGUUCUUCGGAGGACAGGACGCCGGGGGCGAUGGCGAGGGCGAUCACCGUGCACGCGGAUACCAAAAAAGUCAUGUAUUUCGCUUAAGAAACUUGAAAAGGCGACGUUGCCGAAUUGCGUAA